AUGGAUUCUGGUAACGCCUGUGCAAAGUAUUGGCCUCCAUUUGGAACCGCGUUGAUAUUGGAGAUCUACUCUGACAAUCAAGCUCGCUGGAUCUAUAACGGUCGUGUGACUUCCGUCGAAGCCAUCGAGGAAUGUCGCGGCAAGUCUCUCUGCAAUUACGAGUCGCUAUACGAGUAUCUCACGACUGUUGUGCCCAACAAGUUUGAGUGCAAGGGUAUCCCUGAACCGACUCGUGGUGGGAGCCUCCGUGGAUAG